AUGGUCUGCUUCUCCUUCCUGAAGAUCAUGAUGUUUGUGUUCAAUGGUGUGAUAUUUUUGGGGGGCCUGGCUUUGCUAGGCAUCGGCAUCUGGGUAAAGGUUGACAGCGGUUCAUUUGUGAAGCUCUUGGGAGCCGCCGCUCCGCAGUUGAUGCAGCUGGUCAAUGUAGGCUACCUGUGCAUGGCAGUUGGUGCCUUCCUCCUCCUCAUGGGCUUCAUGGGAUGCUGCGGAGCCAUGAAGGAAAGCAAAUGCCUGCUGCUUGUGUUCUUUGCGGUUACACUGAUUCUCUUCAUAGCGGAAGUGGCAGGUGCAGUUGUGGUGCUGGCCUUCUGCUCUGUGGCAAAUAUAUUUGUUGAGUACUUGAAAAAUUGGGCCACAAAGACUUUAAGAGAGGACUACGGGAGGCAAGAGGACAUCACAGCCGUUUGGGACACCACGAUGAAAGAGCUGAAGUGUUGUGGAUUCAACAACUAUGGUGAUUUCAACAGUUCCUACUUCUAUCAAAUUCAUGAGAAAUAUCCCUCCUUUUGUUGCCUAGACAACAACAAAUGCCAGGAAUCUGCAAUUGACCACAGCAAGCAGGGCUGCUUACGUGAGUUUGAGGUGUUUUUGAGCAACAAAGGGAAGAUUGUCGCAGGGAUGGCUCUAGGCAUCGCAGCGCUUGAGCUGGCUGCCAUGACUGUCUCCUUGAUUCUGUAUUGUCAGAUUGGUACACACAGCUGA